GAGUUUUACAUUAGACGGAUCCUUUCUAGCCAUAACCCUCCUCGGUUUGUUCUUCCCCCUCCAAGAUGGAGGCCUUAGGGGGCUACCGCACAAAGUCCUCCAACCCAAAUGCGAAAAAGUUGACAGUUUUAUUGAGCAUGACAGUCGGGGUCGGGUGUUUGUUUCUCCUGCAGACUCAGCUUGUGAAGCCGAGGAAACCAACUGAUUUUUACUCGUUUGAGGUGAAAGACGCGAAGGGGAGGACGGUGUCUCUGGAGAAGUACCGAGGGAAAGCGUCUCUGGUUGUAAACGUGGCGAGUCUCAGCGAGCAGACGGAGAUGAACUACCUCUCAUUGCAGGAGCUGCACCGGGAGCUGGGCACCUCUCACUUCAACGUGCUGGCCUUCCCCUGCGGUCAGUUCGGGGACACUGAGCCCGGGACCAGCCGGGACAUCGAGGCUUUUGCCAAGUCCACCUACGGAGUCACCUUCCCCUUCUUCAGCAGGAUCAAAAUAAUGGGCUCAGAGGCGGACCCUGCCUUCAAAUUCCUCACAGAUUCUGUGCAGAAAAGUCCCAGGUGGAACUUCUGGAAGUUUCUAGUAAAUCCAGAGGGUAAUGUGGUCCGAUUCUGGCGAACAGACGAGCCUAUAGAGAGCGUUCGAGAAGAGGCCACGGCGUUGGUGCGAGAAAUUAUCGUAAAGAAACGGGUGGAGCUAUGAUGGAGAUGGAUACGGGACACAUCCAAGUGUGUUGUGCCCAUAUUCCCUUUGCUUUGAUAGCAAUGAAUGACUGAACGCUGAGCUGCUACAGUGAGGGUGGUUAGUGAAGUCUGGCUCCAGAAACUUGCCGAAUGAAAAUAUCAAUUUUCAGUCAUUCAAAGAUAGUUGGAGUGUGUGUUGGUGCGUGGGAAACAUCGGUUAAUAAUGACAAUCAUGAUGAACAUUCCUUAUAAUGACCACUGCUGCAGCCAAAGGAUUUCCUAGCCAUUGAAGUGUUUGAUUUUUCAAAUGUUCAGUUUGCGUUUUUGUACCAUCUUUUUCAAAUGUUUACAUUAAAAUCAAAUUCUUAAGUGAAGCAUAACUUUUUAGCCGAUUUUUGACUGAUUUGAGACCUCAAAUUGUAAAUCACCCAUUGAUGACGUAAUGUGAUAGGAUUACGUCAUCAUAGUUAAUUGAUUGGGGAGCUGAAGAUACUUUGUUCAGUUUAAAUAAAUCCACAUUUUGAAUGCAGAAUGGUGAUGCCAAGUUGGAUGCUAACUUGCAAGUAUUGCAAUAGAAAUGCAUAGUGUCACUGUUAUUUUGUAUUCUAAAGGUGAUUUUGUUAUUUGACAUUACUUAAAACAGUUUUUUUGAAUGUCUGCUAUAAGUCACAAAUCAACACCUGCAACUUUGAAUCCCAACUUGCUGUUUAAAAUUGAAGUACAUUAAUUGCAGCAUCUCCUGGCUUGUUGGUGUGGGUUUGAAUGGAAAGUUGGAGGGCAGCAGCAGGUAAGCUGGCACACAAAGAACAAACCAGCUAACAAGACACUGCCUACCAACCACCCACAAUAUGAGCAUUUUUCUUUUUGUAUCUUCCUUAAUCAUUUUUUUCUAGCUCAUUGUAUUCCAGAAGCUCAAGUAUAAAAAUACCAACAUUUAUUGGACAUCCUCUACUGUGCAAAGCUUCCUAAAAUCCUGAUCUGCUAACAUAAAGUGCAUGAGCGUUCAGGGAACAAGUGAUAGACGUAGUCAAAUGUAACUGUUAAGGUAGCAGAGCAGUGUGAGCUGUUGAAAGCAACAUCAGCUAACAUUACACUGCCUCCCGACCAGCCACCACUCCCCAAUCAUCCUGCUGUAAAUGCAAAUGAAUAGGUUUGACUAGGUUGAAGUGAUGUUGAGUUGAAUGUUUUGACAUUGUGCUGAAUGUCCAAUUUCAGGGUUUUUUCAUUCAGUCGCCUCCAACCUUUCCCCGGCUGUUGACUUUUCAUUUCCCCGGUGAAUGAGGUGUGAUGUUUGAGUUGUGUUGCAGCAGCAGUGAGGAGUGUAGCUGACAGCUGUCAGUCAGUAGCACAGCCAGCAGCAGUACACUGCCACACUGUCACCACCAGAUCAGAGGCUGCCACAACAUGUAACCUUUUAAUGCACAUUUCUUCAACAUUUCCCCUCUUACCUUGAAGGGACAAUGGCUUCUCUUUCUGGCAAAAUCUCGCAGCAUUCUUCUCAUAUUGUCCUGGUUAUAAAAACAAGAAGACUUUCGUCAAGGUGAUGCUAAAACAAUAUCUUUCGAUUAACUUCCUUAGGUGAAAUCUGUUUGUUUUUCAAUCCAUUAUUAAUAAAGUCGUGG